AUGGAUCGAGAACCUUGCCCUUGGCGUAUUGUGGAUGAUUGUGGAGGUGCCUUUGCUUUAGGAACAAUUGGUGGUACACUUUUUCAUUCUAUCAAAGGAUUUCGUCAUGCUCCCAGUGGUCAAUAUCGACGUUUAUUAGGUAGUUUAAAUGCAGUAAAACAACGAGCACCACGUGUUGGAGCAUCUUUCAGUGCAUGGGGGUGCAUAUUUUCAUUAGUUGACUGUAGUUUUGUUUAUCUAAGAAAGAAAGAAGAUCCAUGGAAUUCAAUUAUGAGUGGAGCAUUGACCGGAGCUGUUUUACAAGCUCGACAGGGACCAGCCGCUAUGUUAGGUUCAGCUGUGAUUGGUGGUUUUAUUCUUGGAAUGAUCGAAGGAACAGGUAUAUUAAUUAAUCGAUAUAGUCAAUAUCUUAUGCCACAACCUGGAAUGGAAGAAUCUCCACCUGAUCUUGAUAAAGGCAAAGUCGAUCUUUCUAUCCCACAAUUUUUCGGUUCAUCUUCUGGACAAUCCUCUACGCCUAGUAAUUUUUCGUGA